CCAUUUUGACAGGAACCAAUCUAAAAUGCAUGCGCUCAGACAGAAGAUCAACUCGUCUCAAGUUACACAUUUUUCGGGCCCUUGCUUAGCAAAGUUAGCAGGUGUAUCGAUACGUGUUUUUAUUUGAAUAUGUUGAACAUCUGCCGUAUGCUGAAGGUGGACGGAGCUAUACUUCAUACUUAGUGGAGAGGCUUUGAUUCUGACUAGAAUGGUACAACUUGUCUCAUCAUGUUCAAAAGUUUGAUCCAGCGAGUAGUAUCGUCAAGAUCACACAGGGUGUGGAAUGAUUGUUCUCAACACAACAAAACUCUCCGCUGUUGCUAUGGGAGUCAUCGUCAUAGAAACUGCAUCACCUAUCAUCAGCAACCAGUUCGGCUUGACUUUGCAAGGCAGAUGUAUUCAGUCGUACGGAUCCACGAUCGCAGAUGGGCUCUCGUAUGCACCAAUCCCACAUCAGUGACGUUAUCGCUUCGGUCUUUGACUUCGGACGCAGAUAGCGACAAAUUACUAGAUCAAGUGCAUGUGGAUGCAGUUGAGAGUGAUUCAUUCGAGGAGGUGGCCAAGGAACUCGAUGCGGAACGAACUGGCUCAACCAGCUCUCGGAAAGCUAAAAGAAAUUCCUCAAACAACAUAAAAGCUUCUCUGAGUAAGGAUUCCAUGAAGAGUGUAGGCAAACUGGUUCCAGACAGAAUUGUCCACUUGCUGGAUGAGGCUGGUGAAUCACUGGGUUCACUGCACCGCACGGAAGCCAUCAAGCGGAGUCAGGAAACUGGACUCAAACUAGUGCUGAUCAACCAAAACACGAAGCCUUAUCCAACAUAUAGACUGAUGACCGGGCAGCAACUGCAUCAAGAACAGAUGCUACUCAGGGAGAAGCUCAAGGCGAAGAGCGCCCCCACGCAGGUCAAGGAGGCCAGGCUGUCGGGCAACAUUGAGAAACACGACCUGGAGGUCAAACGGCGCCACCUACAGGACUGGUUCCGAGAGGGCGGGGCGCAGGUCCACGUGCGGGUCACAGUGACGGGCACCGGGAAACACCAGAAACCGGUCACCAAAGAGCAGCAGUUGGCAGUGAUCCACCAACUCAUGGCUGGGCUGGAGGAUCGGGUGAUGUUCGCCAGCAAGCCCAGAGACGUAGGCAAGGACGGAAUGAACUUAACAGUGACCCUACGACGCAUGUCAGCCAAGGAGAAGACGGCGUUAGUCAAGCAGAAGAACAAGGAGGAGAGUCUGAACCAACAGAGGGCGACAGACUCCAGAGAUGGAGGAGAGGAGAAUGAACAGACCGAUGACAAGGAUGAGAAAGUUGGAUGAUGGAUGAUCCACAGAA